CCGCAACCCUUCAGAAAAAACUGGGUGAACUGUGGGGAAUGUCAAUCUGGCGACAACCUCCAGGGAUGCUUCCCCCACUCAACCGACCAGAUUUUCUGCGCCCUAACCCUAGGCCAUCUCGUCGCAACUCUCCCGCUGGUAGCAUGGACGACACCAGCAGUCUCGCCAAGCGUCCGAGGACAGCCAGUCAUUGCGCCUCUCUCGCCGCCGGAUCCGUGCGGGGCGGCGAGGCCCCCGCGGCAGGGAUGGCGGCCAGCGCGGGGCUCGGCGGGGACAGUGGCGAAGGCAGGGCGACCCUGAACGGAUCGCCGGACGGCGGUGGCGGUGGUGGGACGAGUGGAGAGGGGCAACGGAUCGAGGGUGAAUCGGCGAAUGGCGGAGGAGGGGCGAGCGAGGAGGCUGCGGGGGGUCCGGCGGGCCGCACGAGGGCGGGAGAGGCGCGGGGCCGUGGCGGGGUGACGCGGGUGGCGGCGGGGCAGGCGGAGGACCGCGGCAGCCGCCACACGUUCGAGGACGUGGUGGUGGCGACGGCGAACGCGUGGGGCGACGCGGAUGAUGGGGCACCCGCGGCGGACCGGCUCAGGUGUUCGUUCUACGCGGUGCUGGACGGGCAUGGCGGGCGACGAGCGGCGGAGUGGGCGGGCAAGCACGUCAACGCCGCCGUCAUCGCUGCUGGCCUGCCACGUGAGUCGGUGGACGUAAAAAAGGCCAAGCGUGCCAUCACCGAAGGCAUGAAGCGCGUGGACGAGCAGCUGCUCAAGGAGAGCCUUGCAGGCAACUGGCAGGAUGGAGCCACAGCAGUGUGCGUUUGGGUGCUGGGCCAACAUGUGUUUGUGGCCAACCUGGGUGACGCCAAGGCAGUGCUCGCCAGGGAGCCAGAUGCAGCAGCGCCACCACCACCUGCAGCAACAGCACCCACCCCCACAGUGUGUGCCCAAAGCACUGAUUCAGUUGGUGGGGCAGGCACUGGGGCAAGCGGCGCGAGUCUCAAGGCCCUUGUGGUGACUCGCGAGCACAAGGCUAUCUUCCCGGCAGAGAGGAGGCGCAUUGAGAAGGCUGGAGGCUCGAUCAUCAACGGGCGCAUUCAGGGCCGCUUGGAGGUCUCUCGUGCUUUCGGGGACCGUCAGUUCAAGAAGGCGGGGGUGUCCUGCACCCCUGACAUCAAUGUCUUUCACCUCUCCCCGCGUGACUGCUUUCUGUUGCUGGCCUGUGAUGGCCUCUGGGGGGUGUUCAGUCCUGCUGAUGCUGUCAACUUCACGCAAGGACUCUUGCAGAAGGGGGUGUCGGUGGAGUCUGCUGCGCGGCGAGUGGUGAAGGAGGCAGUGUGGGAGCGCAAGUGCAAGGACAACUGUUCCGUCUUGCUGCUGUCGUUCCAUCACUCCUCCACAUAGUUAACCAGCAGCCUUGGCCGUUCCCGUGUUACCGUAAUCCUGGCAUGCUUCCAGCCCCUCCACGCUGUAGAGCGCGCUGACGCUGAGUGGCCCUUUCCAAAAUCAGCCCCCGACAAGGGGCUGGAGGCAAGGCCUAUUUUAUCAGAGUAAUUUACUCUGUUUCUCUGAAAAUCAGAGUCGUUUUUGAAAACUACUCUAGGGGCCCUGAGUAAACAAAAUGAAUUUACUUUUUACUCUGAUUUUAUCAGAGUAUACCUUCGUACCACUCUGAUGGUCAGUGUAUAGGGUGGAUACCCGUGAAAUUGUCCCCGCCCCCUGUACCUAGCUGUGCCCCCAUGUCCCCGCAGAACAGGGCAUGUCAUGCGCACCAGCGAAAUCAUCGCCUGGCCCGUGCUGUGUGAGGGGGCCAAUUGUCCCUUCACCAAAAACACCGAGCCAUUUGUGCUCGAAGGGGGAGGGGAGUGCAAGAUUCCCUGCUGUGUCGACCUCCCCUACCAGCUCGAUUCCCUCCGCCCCUGCAAUCUCUCGAUCUUUCCCCUUCGUUUCCCCCCCAUCUCCCGAUCUUGCCUCGCUCGUACAGAUGACCCUGCUGCCGAGAGUUACGUAAAAAACCCCUCUGCAUUAUCAGUGUAAUUUUUUUACAAGUAAAAAAAACCCUGGAAAAUCAGAGAAACCAUUGGGGAAAUAUCUCAAAGGACUUCAGCGUUUCUGAAGUGUAACACUACACUCGAGGAAGAUCGCAACGGGUACGCGAGUCAACGGAGGUUACACGAGGGGGCGAACAAAGAACGCGAAGGGACUCGAAGGGUCGCAACUGGAGGUUGCGACUGACCGUUACAACCGCGCGGAUGGUAACCGAAGCGACAAU